AUGGUAACUGUUAGUGAUGAAAAUACAGACGAUGAAAGUACAAAUGCUUUAACACAGACAAUUUCAUGUAUAGAUAUACAACGAUACAGCUCUUUAGAAAAGGCAAUUAGAGUAACAGCAUACGGCAUGCGUUUUAUACAGAAUUUACGGAAUUCAGGAAAUAAACGGUCAAUCGGAUUUAUCAGUGUUGAGGAGCGAUGUAAAGCAUUACAAGUUCUUAUAGUAACAGUACAACAGGAAACAUUUAAGGAUGAAAUUGAAAGCUUGAAUUCAUCUUCACAGAAAAAAGUGCCACUAGUUCGACAACUUAAACUAUAUACAGACAAAAAUGGAUUACUACGUUGUACCGGGAGAAUUCAAAACGCACCUGUGAAGGAUAGUGCUAAAUAUCCGUUGUUAUUGCCAACACACCACAGUCUUACGUCCUUAAUUGUAAUGAAUGCACAUACAAAGACUUUACAUGCCGGACUUAACAGUACAAUCGCAUAUAUUCAACAGAAAUAUUGGAUACCGAUAAUAAGACAGUGCGUAAAAUCACAAAUUCGUAAAUGCGUUCAAUGCAUUAAAAUAUCAGGAAUGCCUUACAGCGCAUCCGAUCCGCCACCGCUUCCUAAAGAUCGAGUCAACUACGAUUAUCCUUUUUCAGUAACCGGCGUUGAUUUCACAGGAGCUUUGUAUACAAAAGGAAAACACAACGAAUUAAGCAAAACAUAUAUUUGUUUAUUCACUUGCGCCGCUACACGAGCUAUACACUUGGGGAUAGUCACAGAUUUAACUGAGGAGUCUUUCAUACUUGCUUUUAAAAGAUUUGUCGCUCGGAGAUCUACACCAAGGAUUAUGUUGUCCGAUAAUGCAACAACCUUCAAGACAGCCGCCGAAAAGAUUACAAGAUCAAGCAAAGACAACCGAAUACAAGAAAAACUUGCCGAUCAAGGAACUGAGUGGAAAUUCAUACCCAACCGAGCACCGUGGUUUGGAGGCUUUUGGAAACGCCUAAUUGGACUCACGAAAAAGUCAAUUAAAGCAAUACUAGGAAAGUCAUGUGUCACUACGGAAAUGUUGAAUACAAUUGCAAUCGAAAUCGAGGGAACUCUAAACAAUCGUUCGAUAACUCACAUUUCUACUGAUAUUAAAGAUCCCGAACCGCUGUCGCCAGCGCACCUUUUAUAUUGUCGUCGACUUGAAAACCAAUCGGAACAAAAUAUUGACAGUGUUACCUCAGAAGACUUGCACGUGAAACUGAAUAAAAAUCUACAGAGAAAUAAUGAACUAAUCAACCAUUUUCGCUCAAGAUGGAAACACGAAUAUCUGACGUCACUCCGUGAAUUUCACCGAACAUCUGGAAGAAACGAACAAACAAUACAAAUAGGUGACAUUGUACAAGUACAAAAUGACACACAUCGUAUAAUGUGGAAAUUAGCAGUUGUACAAGAUUUAGUUCGUGGAAAGGAUGGACUCAUUCGAUCAGGUGUUAUUAAGACCGACACAGGAAUCACAAACCGUCCGAUUGUGAAGCUCUACCCGUUGGAAAUACGCAGUACACAUGAUGACAGUGAAUGA